GUGACAUAAACAAGAGUUUUCUUCACUUCCAUUAUUGCCAAAUUUAUAUAAUCAAUAUAAUAAAAAGCGUCAUAAAUAAAACAAAAAGUCUACAAUUAGAAAUUAAACUUCAUUAUUUUGUAAUCUACAGGGUAAAUUUUGAUUCAAAGAGCUGAAAUCUUUGUACGGUAAAAUAUUAUUUAUCCAAUGAAGAGGAUUCUAAAAUAAUCCGACAACACUGAUGUAAUUCCAGGAAUUUUGUCACUGACAUAAAUAAGUGCUUUUAGAACACGCCUUUUUUCGUUCUAUUCACAAACAAGCCUAGAAAAAUGUCGAAAAGGCCUGCCGUGCAGCCAGCCCUCCAUAAAGUGAUUAUGGUAGGCAGUGGAGGUGUUGGAAAAUCCGCCCUAACCCUUCAGUUCAUGUACGAUGAGUUUGUUGAAGAUUAUGAACCAACGAAAGCAGAUUCUUACCGAAAGAAGAUCCUCCUUGAUGGUGAAGAAGUCCAAAUUGAUAUUCUGGAUACAGCAGGUCAGGAAGACUAUGCUGCUAUUAGGGAUAAUUAUUUUAGAAGCGGAGAAGGGUUUCUGUGUAUAUUUUCGAUUACAGAAGAUGAAAGUUUCCAGGCUACUCAAGAAUUCAGGGAACAGAUUCUUCGAGUAAAGAAUGAUGAUAACAUCCCCUUUUUGCUUGUUGGUAAUAAAAGCGACUUGGACGAGAAAAGGAAAGUUACUUUUCAAGAAGCUCAAGACAGGGCUAAUAAAUGGGGGGUUCCUUACGUAGAGACAUCGGCUAAAACAAGGGAAAAUGUUGAUAAAGUUUUUUACGAUCUGAUGAGGGAGAUCAGAGCAAGGAAAAAAGAUGAAAACAAGACAAGCAACGGUAGAGGAAAGGACAAAAACAAGAAAAAGAAACUAAAGUGUGUAAUUCUUUAAGAAACAAAGUUAGAAUGGUCUCGAAAAAAAAAAGGCAAGAAGUCUACUUGUAAGCAUUUAAGAGAUAUCCAGAAAAAACGGAUUUUUCUUUUACUGUAAAGAUAUUAAUAUAAGCUUUAUAAGUAUUCAUGUAAAUUAUUAAUUUUUUAUUCAAUCGAAAAUAAAAAAGAAUUAUAGGGAAUCUUUAA